GAGCUCGUUUCAGACACACACACACACACACACACACACACGGUAGGCUAACUACCUGAGGAUGAGCUUAUGUAGUGAAGAUUCCAAGCCGAAUAGAAUAGAAUAGAAUAGAAUAGAAUAGAAUAGAUGAACGGUCUGCGAAUGUUGUGGAAAUAUUGAUCUCAAACAAAAGGGGCUGGGAAACGGCGGAUUGAUAAAGUUUUUGUGUGUCUGAGGCCUGCGCGGGUCAGAUGCGCGUCCACGCGUCGGUGUCACACACCUGUCCGAUGAGCUCUGCGCGUGUCGCUGGAUGGACUGACACUUUAACGGGAUUUGAACUCUAUUCGCGCUGAGAUGAAGGAGAAGUCCAAGACCGCGGCGAGAACGCGCCGGGAGAAAGAGAACAGCGAGUUUUACGAGCUCGCCAAGAUGUUGCCGUUACCGUCCGCGAUCACAUCUCAGCUGGACAAAGCGUCCAUCAUCAGACUGACCAGCAGCUACCUGAAGAUGCGCCUGGUGUUCCCGCAAGGUUUGGGGGAGGUGUGGGGUCGAGCCCGAUCUAGAGAUCACACAGCACAAGAGCUCGGAUCGCAUUUACUCCAGGUAAUAAUCAGCAAGAUGCUCCAGACGUUAGACGGGUUUAUAUUUGUAGUUGCUGCAGAUGGAAAGAUCAUGUAUAUUUCUGAGACGGCGUCGGUUCAUCUGGGACUCUCACAGGUAGAGCUGACGGGAAACAGCAUUUAUGAAUAUGUUCAUCCGGCCGAUCAUGACGAGAUGGCGGCGGUUCUGACGCCACAAGCGGCGUAUCACACACACUUCGUCCAAGAGUACGAAGUUGAGCGGUCGUUCUUCUUGAGGAUGAAAUGUGUUUUGGCCAAACGUAACGCUGGGCUCACGAGUGGAGGAUAUAAGGUGAUCCACUGCAGUGGGUAUCUGAAGAUCCGGCCGUUCGGGCUGGACUCGGCUCUGUUCGACGGCUGCUAUCAGAACGUGGGUCUGGUGGCGGUCGGACACACUCUACCGCCCAGCGCCGUCACCGAGAUCAAACUUCACAGCAACAUGUUCAUGUUUCGGGCCAGUCUGGACAUGAAGCUCAUAUUCCUGGACUCAAGGGUUUCAGAGCUGACAGGAUAUGAGCCACAGGACCUGAUUGAGAAGACCCUGUAUCAUCACGUGCACAGCUGUGACAGUUUUCACCUGCGCUGCGCUCAUCAUCUGUUGCUUGUGAAAGGACAGGUCACCACGAAGUAUUACCGCUUCUUGUCGAAGCAUGGCGGAUGGGUUUGGGUUCAGAGUUACGCCACAAUCGUCCACAACAGUCGUUCGUCUCGACCGCACUGCAUCGUCAGCGUCAAUUACGUCCUCACGGACACUGAAUAUAAAGGCCUGCUGCUGUCUCUGGACCAGUUGAAUCCCAGUAAACCAGCGUUCCCGUACACAAACCAUCACGAGCGCGAGGACAAACCUCCAGUGCCCAACGCCAGGAGCAAGAUCUCUCUCUCUCCUUACUCACAGCCGUUCUCGGGCUUCCCGCCGGAUCGCUCGGACUCGGAUCACGACAGCCAAUGGGACGGCAGCCCUCAGCCUGACUCCGCCUCCCCGCGCCCGGACCCGUCAGAAGCGGCGGGAGUGUGUUACGGCCUCGCUCAGGCUGACGUGAUGCACAUGCACACCGCGCACACACACACACCGCUGGGCGUGAGAGAGGGAUGGUGGGACGCCGCGCGAGACGGACGAGCGUUUCAUCAAACUCACGCUCACUGGGACGAGGAGCGUGCGGUCAGCUCACCGGGAGCGUCGUCGGGUGAUUCCGGAGACAGUUGCCAUGACAACGGACCGUUUCGCUCGACCCCUCGGGAUCCGGAGAGGAUGGAGACCCGGAUCAGAGCCAAACAGGAGAUGAUUAAAGUGGAGGACGUUCAGAUGAGAGAUUACCCCUCCCCGGUGCUGUUCUCCUCCAUGGGGUGCAGAGGGGCCCCGGGGCCCCGGAUCGGCCAGGACGGGACCAGUCCUUACCAUGUGAACUCACACGUGCACUUUCAGACGAGCACUACACACACACACAACGGCACAUCCGUCAUCAUCAGCAACGGCAGCUGACGGGAAACACUCACUGAUCAGCCGAGGAGGAGGAAGAAUCCGGAGUCACUCUCAGCCGAGGAAGAGGAAGAAUCCGGAGUCACUCUCAGUCGAGGGGAUUAUAUUCUGCAUGAAGAAAAUCAAGUGUGUUUAAAAAAUGUCAAUUAAGGACAUUUUCACAUUAAUUCUCAUUAUUGUGAUGCAAUUGUGCAGUGUUUACAGAUCAUUGGUUGCACUGCCUUUCACAAAUUUAUAUUAUUUGUUUACAGUAUUUAGAAUCGAAAGAGAUAAUCAUUUAAAUUAUGAGAAUCAAAUUCAAAACUAUGAGCAUAAAUUGAAAUUUUGAUAGUCGUAAUUUUGAUUUAUGUCAGUUAUGAGCUUAAACGGCAAAAUUAUGAGAUCGAGAAAGUCAACAGAUCAUUGGUUGCAAAUUUAAAAAAAAAAUUUUAAUAGACAAUAAAACAUGCAAAAUAGAAAAAACACUAUUAAAGUGAUCAGUACAGUAAUGAGAAUAUGAUUAUUAUAAUAAAAAAUUACCAGCUUCAUUUUGUUUGUGCAGAAUAUAAUUUGAGAAUUUGAGGUGUCAUAUUUUUCCUGUAGUUUUCCCUCCCGAAAUGAUCAACUCUGUCAAGUGAAAUUAAAUUUUAUAUACAAUCAACUCAAUAAAUCCAGAAGUGUGU